UGAUACCAUUCAUUUGGAUGCCGUAUUUCGACAAGGCCAGAGUCGCCCGGACAGCUGAUCGGCCGUGCUACCGGUUGAGGGCGGGAACUAUACUAGAUUCGCUUGUUAGCUUCUAGUUUGGUUAUUUUUGGGUUUGAUUAUUGGUGUUAAUUAUUCUUCGACCCUGGCAAUAGGGGUCUCACGAGCUAGCGUCUCGUACAUGGGAGCCGCAGCCUGGAAAACUCAUCUCGUAUCCUCACUCACGACCAAUCAAGACGGAGGUGCCGGCCUAGCAGGCUCUUGGCGCAUUUGGUCCCCAACCCAACGGUCGACGAACUUUUCGACUCUACGAGAUGUUCACCAUCUCUUUCCAUUUUCGUUGAUAUUCCAAUCCUGUUCCGACUGACCAUGCGACUUUCGUUAUCGUAGCACCUUUUGCGUUGUUUGUUUUUGAAUAAUACCCCGUCUUCGAUCAUGAAGACAUCCACUCGCUUGAAUUUUUGGUUCGCGUUGGCCUGCUUCGGUCUUGCGCAUGCACAUGUGCAGUUCGAGUUCUCCCGUCGGGCUGGAAGCGCGGCGGGGCUGACCGGGCGCGACACGGCGUCGGCGUCGCUCUCCCGGGUCGGCUUUGCCUAUGUCGUCAAUGUCACCGUCGGCACGCCGGGACAGGAGGUGGCCCUGCUAAUCUCGCCGUCUGCGGCUGAUACCUGGGUCCCAGACGCCACCUCGUUGAGUUGUGACCCUAUAUACUACAACAACGAAGACUUUUAUUAUGGGGAAUACGCGCUGGACGAGAAUCUCUGUCACUGGGGGAGCUUCAACAUGUCCGAGUCGUCGACAUACCUAGACGCCAGCCAGAAGUACACGUCUUUCGACGCCAGCUAUGCCGACGGCACCUACGCCAGCGGGGUCAACGGCACAGAUACCUUGAAUGUCGGCGGCGUCGAGUUGGAGAACUUCCCGAUCGGUGUCGUCUCCGUUUCAAGCCAGUACAUCGGCGUCUUGGGCUUGGGCCCGAACACUUCGACGUCGUCCUACACCUACAACUACAACCAGUACAGCAACUUCCCCGACCGUCUUCUCCGGGCUGGCCAGAUCAACACGAAGGCAUACAGCAUCUGGCUGGACGAUGCGGCAGGGUCAUCGGGCAGCGUCCUCUUCGGCGCCAUCGACACCUCCAAGUACGAGGGCGAGCUGGUCCGCAUCGAUGGAUACGCAUCCUAUGCCUACUCGUCCACCUUCGGCGUCGAGGUCAACGGCUUCAACGGGUCUAGCGACGCUACGGCUCCGUCUGAGGAGUUGGCGUGGAAUGAGCUCCCCUUCGACGCCACCUUCGGGCCGGCCGAGAUCAUCUCGGACCUCCCGCAGUCCAUUGCCGCCAAGAUGUGGAGCCUCACCGGUGCGACCUACAACUACUCGAUGGGCGUCGCAGUCAUCCCCUGCGAUGCCGCCAGCGGCGGCGACGACGGCGCGCGCUUCAGCAUCCAGCUCAUGGGCCCCGACGGGCCCGUCCUCGACGUGCACGCCAGCGACCUGAUCGUGCCGAGGGACACGUCGCAGGGCACGGUGUACUGGUACUACCUGCAGCAGACGCCGAACCUGUGCCUCUGCGGCGUGCAGAACCGCACCAGCUCGUACGGCUCGUACACUUACUACAACCUCGGCAGCUCCCUCCUGCGGCGCACGUACAUGGUCUUCGACCUCGUCAACGACGAGAUCGCCCUCGCGCCCGCGAGGUUCGCCGACCGCCCCGACCCAACCGUCGUCGAGUUCGACAGCUACGGCGCGCCCGCGCCCUCAGCCACCCGGUACUGUGGUUCGGUGCCGUCGGGCUACUCGUACUCGUGCGACCCCCACUCGACGAGCUCGUCGGGAGGCGGGAGCGGCCGCGGCAGCGGCGGUUCGGGACCCGACCGGUCAGGUUCGAGGGGGUGGCGUGGCAACGGCAAUGGCGUCGCCAUCGGGCUGGGUGUCGCCUUCGGCAUCAUCGCCCUGGUCGCAUCCGUGGCGGCCAUUAUUAUCUGGAAACGCCUGUGCUGCGGACCGCGGGACAAGUCGGCCAAGGACCCGGAGGCGGAGACCGGGGCCGGGAACACACCCGUCGCCGCCGCGGCCGCGUUGGCGGCUGCUGCUGCGCUGGAGCAGGGACAGGGGCAGGGACAGCGCGGGUCCGUCGUGGGAGGCCGGCAGCCCCUGUCGACGAUCCCGGAGUCGGACAUGUCUGAGGUGCCCGAGUACCGUCAACCCGCGCUCCCCCCGAGGAUACCAGUCUCGCCUGUCUCGGAUCCGAUCGAUAUGUCUUCCGAGGACGCUGUGGCGCAGGAGCCUCGAGCGGUUUCCCCCGAGCAGGAGAGGGCGUUGGGAGCGCACCAAGCGAAGAAUGAAUUAACCCAGGAUAAUGAGCAUGACGAAGCGUAAGCGGCGGCGAAAGACAAGGGGAAGGGGAAGGCGGUCGAAUGAACAAAUAUCUAAAUACCCUGUCAUCUAUAUAGUGGCAUUCCCACGCGGGCAGCCGCCUGUAGUCCUAGCGUUACCGUGUGGACCGGAGGGGCUGAGAUGGAUCUGUGUGCCUCGGAUUGGAUAAUCUACCUAUAUUCCACUAGCUUCCGCGGUAUAAUGGGUUAAGUUUGCC